AUGAGGGCUUCUUUGGAAACAGCAGACAUUGCCAUUGUGGUGCUGUACUUCGUGCUUGUAAUGUGCAUAGGUUUUUUUGCCAUGUGGAAAUACAAUCGGAGCACCGUAAGUGGCUACUUUUUGGCAGGGCGUUCUAUGACCUGGGUAGCUAUUGGUGCAUCUUUAUUUGUGAGCAAUAUUGGAAGCGAACAUUUCAUUGGGCUCGCAGGAUCCGGAGCGGCGAGUGGAUUUGCAGUAGGUGCAUGGGAAUUCAACGCCUUAAUGCUUUUGCAGCUUUUAGGAUGGGUCUUCGUCCCAGUCUACAUCCGGUCGGGAGUAUACACCAUGCCUGAAUACUUGUCCAAGCGUUUUGGAGGGCAUAGAAUUCAAAUAUAUUUUGCAGCAUUGUCUCUAAUUCUUUAUAUCUUCACCAAACUCUCAGUUGACUUGUAUUCAGGGGCACUUUUUAUUCAAGAAUCGCUGGGGUGGAACCUCUAUUUGUCAGUUAUCCUCCUUAUUGGAAUGACCGCGCUGUUGACUGUGACUGGAGGUCUUGUGGCUGUCAUCUACACAGACACGCUUCAAGCUCUGCUUAUGAUUAUUGGUGCCCUCACACUUAUGAUCAUAAGUAUUAUGGAGGUUGGUGGGUUUGAAGAAGUUAAAAGAAGGUACAUGUUAGCGUCGCCAAAUAUUACGUCUAUCUUGUUAACCUACAACAUUUCCAAUACCAAUUCCUGCAAUGUUGACCCAAAGCCUGAUGCUCUUAAAAUGUUGCGUGAGCCAACAGAUGAAGAUAUUCCCUGGCCUGGAUUUCUGUUGGGACAGACUCCAGCUUCUGUCUGGUACUGGUGUGCCGAUCAAGUCAUAGUUCAGAGAGUUUUAGCUGCAAAAAACAUUGCUCAUGCCAAAGGAUCCACUCUGAUGGCAGGCUUCUUGAAGUUGCUGCCGAUGUUUAUUAUAGUUGUCCCAGGAAUGAUUUCACGAAUACUGUUUGCAGAUGAUAUCGCCUGCAUUAACCCGGAACACUGUUUUCAAGUCUGCGGGAGCAGAGCGGGAUGCUCUAACAUUGCCUACCCACGUUUGGUGAUGAAACUUGUGCCGGUUGGUCUGAGAGGACUAAUGAUGGCUGUGAUGAUUGCUGCACUGAUGAGUGACUUGGACUCUAUAUUCAACAGUGCCAGCACCAUAUUCACACUCGAUGUCUACAAGCUCAUUCGGAAGAGCGCAACGUCUAGAGAACUGAUGGUUGUAGGAAGAGUCUUUGUCGCGUUCAUGGUAGUUAUAAGCAUUGCCUGGGUCCCGAUAAUUGUAGAAAUGCAAGGUGGUCAGAUGUACCUUUAUAUCCAAGAGGUAGCAGACUACUUGACCCCACCAGUAGCUGCUCUGUUUCUUAUGGGUAUCUUUUGGAAACGCUGCAAUGAGCAAGGGGCUUUCUAUGGUGGAAUGGCUGGGUUUGUUCUUGGAGCGAUCCGGUUGAUACUGGCAUUUAUCUAUCGUGCUCCUGAGUGUAACCAGCCAGAUACUAGGCCAAGCUUUAUCAAAAACAUCCAUUACAUGUAUGUUGCGACAACUCUGUUCUGGAUCACUGGGAUUGUGACCUUUGUAGUAAGCCUCCUCACACCUCCACCUACGAAGGAGCAGGUUCGGACAACCACUUUCUGGGCUGUGAAAAACAGGAAUGUGAAAGAGAGCGCUACAAAGGGGGAGCUGUACAAAGUGCAAGAAAAGAGCAUCCUCAAGUGCAAUGAAAACGCUAACCAUAUAAUUCCAAACGGCAAAUCGGAAGAAAAUAUUAAAAAUAUUAAGCCGGAGGAUAUCAAUCUUCUGGUUACUUGCAGAGAUGACAGCAACCCGGUGAUUUCUGUGAGUCACUCUGAAGUCGAGACACCAGUUGAUUGUUAUUCGAAUGGACAAGCAGCUUUGAUGGGGGAGAAAAAGCAUGAGGAAGAGACUGAUGAGAGAGAGAGACAUUUGAAAUUCAUAGAUUGGUUCUGUGGCUUUAAAAGUAAAAACAUGAACAAGAGAGCUGUUCGGGAGAUGGAGGAAGAGACUGUUUGUUUACAAAUGCUGGAAGAGACUCCAAAAGUUAAACUAUUACUAAAUACUGGACUGGUCUGUGUCUGUUCGCUUGGAAUAUUCAUGUUUGUCUAUUUCUCUUUGUGAGUGAAUAGUAAACUUUUAAGGGUAUGGCUAAACAUACAGAAGGUCUCUAGAGAUUUUUUUGUUUUGUUUUAAUUUUUUUUUCUUUUCAAAUAACACAACUGCAACCCAGGCAUUGUUUACGCUAUAAUUGUAAGAUCAACUCAAUUUUAGCCUAUUUAGAGACCAUUUGAGAUAUGUUGUCCUAUCUCUGCUGAAAGCAGAGCCUGUUGUGUCGUCUUUUCCCCCUUUUGACUUUUUCCUUUUUUUUUCCUAUUUGCAGUACUAACCUUUUGUCUUUUCCAUGUACAUGUGUAUAAAUAUACCAAAGGUGGCUGCGUUUGAAGUCAGGCAGUUACAUAGCUCAAUCAGCAUUAAGAUAACGUAUCAUUUGCUGAUGUAUAAAAUCUAAAUGAUUAAAGCUGUGUUGAAAGAUUUUUAAAUGUAGGGCUGCGAUGCACAUCAUGGUGUAGUUGUUCUUUGUAACAUAGCUAAAUCACCUUGGCCAACUUGGCACUCUUUAAUUUUGUUCACUGCUUUUAGGUUUUGUUAGUUGUGUUUUGUUUUUUGUGUUUUUAGUUUCUCAUUUCUCUCAUAGUAACAACAGAAAGAUAUUUUGUCUCAUCUUGUAGCACUUAAACCUUGAUAGCUGUUAGUAGCUUUCUGUCUUUUUUCCUCUGUAAGAAUAUCCACUGUAAAUUCCAUUACUGAAAAGUUGCUGUAUUUAAAAAAAAAAAGACAAAAAAGAAAAACCAAACCAAAAAUCCUGGAGAUGACAGACGGACAAUGGAGGAGAAGGGGGAAAGGAAAAAAAGAGAUACUCUUUGGUUAGGUUUUGUAGUAUGUUGAAAUACAAGAGCCUUUAUCCAGCCUCCUCAAUGUCCAAACCUUUAGCACACAAUUAGGGUUAGCCUCUUUCUAGAAGAAAAAAAUCUCUGCAUAGGUUCUACCGCAUGAGGAAAAGAACUGUGCGACUUGGCAUGUCUUCAGUUUGGUAAGCACACUGUAAAAUAAAUUCUCUGCUGUGUAUGUGUAGAAGGGCAAUAUGCUGCCUUUCAACAGGACAAUACUUUGCAGCCCUACCAUUUUAGAAGGGCAACACUGUGCAUCCCUACCAUUGCUGCACGCUGAGUCUAAGGGAAGAAAACCAAGUGGGAAGACAAGAGGCAGGGGAACUGAGGGAAGGUACUGGAAGUGGUCCUUAUUUUCCAGAGUCCUUUUGCCUCAUGUCUUUUCCCACUUCCUCUUUCUACCUAUCAGACUUUUGUUUUUUUUCCUUAAGGAAUGACUCCUGAGGGAUUCUGUGUCAGGAGAUAAGGAGCAUGUGCAAUUGUAAUCUGUGUCAGCAAUUGAGGUCUGCACACGAUCCUUCAGAUAAAAGUGAAACUUUUCCCAGGCGAUCACAGGUGCUCAGUAGGUGUAGAGAUGCUGAGAUUCUUUUCUUCUGAAGGUUGGAUGCCCAAGGCAGGGAUGAAUGGUUUCCAGGUGUGGAGGAUGUGUGUGCAGUAGGUUGGUGGAGCUCAGCAGACCACAAGGUCCACUUCUCCUUGGUAAAGCAGGAGAAUGUGUUGCUGUCCGUGGUGUUCUUGCCCUUACACUAAACCAAGUCAGGACCUGUUUUUGGGUGCAGAGGCCAGUUGACAGUGUGUGGCUGCACUUGUGGUAGUAAACUCCCUUAUCCUCCAUGACGGAAUAGUCAUAUUCAGGCUUCCUGUGAAAAUGAUUCCUCUAGUUGUCUUUGCUCCAGAAGUUGUCUGGGGAUUUGUGAGAGCAUGACCUGGCUAGGCCAGAAACACGGUCUGAGGGACCAUGCUGAUUCUUCAGCAGCAUUGAUUCAAGGUUCCAGCAAUGUUUCCUUGGCACAUACAAAAGAACCAAUCCCUAUGGGUGAAAUGGUUAUGUUGCGAUGGAAUUCGGGUGCAUUCUGCCUUUGUCUGCUGGAGAAAAUUUGCUUUCCAGUACAGUGGUGCUGUAAGCUGCAGGCUGUCCAAAUAGCUUUUAGUAGUAUCAUGUAUAAUACAUAUUUUCAGAUAAAAUUACUAACUUCCAUUUUUGGGGGGGUUUUCUUUGGUGUGUUUUUUUUGGGGGGGGGGGGGGGGUGUUUGUUUGUUCAUUUUGGUGUUUAUUUUUAAAUCAACUGAAUCCCGGUCAUUCCAAGACUUUAAACAGAGGCCAAGAUGCCCUGCCUUUCUUAGCUUUCAGUUGUUGCUGCUGGAAAGCAGACUGUUCUUAACUGGAAAUACUGGAAUAAGUGUAGGAGUGCAGUUGCAAUAUAUGUAGAAGAGGAGAGUUGCCAUACUUGUCUUGGUGUUAACAGCAGUGUGACAAGACACAUUGUCUUACGGUUUGUGUGGCUGGCUUCAUUCAGAAAAAGUAUUUUAAAUUGUUUGUAAUGGUAAAGUAUGUGAAAUGGGUAGUGGCAUCUCAAGUUGCUUCAUUAGUAGGCUGAGUCGGGAAGGACAGUACUGUUAGAAAGCUGUAAAACACAGUUGAUUAUUAUUUUAUUUUUUUUUUCCUAUGCUGGAUAAAGUAACCUAGGGCAAUUGAUUUUAGUGGGACGAAAAAUAACUUGUGGAGGGUAAAGAUAAGUCUCAGUCCAACAAUAUCUUCUUGAGAAGGCUGGGAUCUGGCGAAUACGCCUAAUUUGGCACAGGAAAAGAGACUCAUGUAGCAGGCACUGUCCCUUAGUAACUUGGCAUGUCUUUCUUUUAGCAGCUGGUACUUGGAUUUUCUAGACCAGUUCUUUCUGCUCUCAGUACUAACAAAUGCAUUGCCACCUAACCUGUGAAGCCAGGUUAGCUCAGGGACCCUUAUGCUUGGCUGCUGGUGCUUCAUCUGCGCUUGCUUUUUUCCCAGGGUGCCUUACAUGGUCAUGAAGCUGAAGGCAUGGCUUUUAUAGCCGCCUGAGGAGUGGGUUGCUUAUAAUGGCUUUUCCCAGCUUGUUUAUCCUCCUCUCUGCUCCCUCAAGUCAUUUGCUUUUUUUAAAAGAGAAUACUGUUUAAAGAGUUAACAUACAGGAUGCCAGUAUCCUGUUCAGUGUAACUGCAGUCAGAUCCAUGGUGAAGUUAUCCUUUGACAGCGGUAGGGAGUCAACACUCCUUCAUAAAUGUUACAGUGCAACCUUUGCUGUUGAAUCCAAGAUACUCCAUCUUCCAGUUAAUGUCUUCUUACUUUUGCUAAAGUAACAAGUUGCUGCAUUAAUCACAGUGGCAAUUGGCAGUCAGUCAGGAUCUUAAUACUUUGCAUCCCCCCCAUCUUUAGACCUAUUAUUGUGAGGAAGCUUUUAAGCAAAUUAUUUCUCCAGUGCUUUUUCAGUCAUUUAAAAAUGUUUCUAUGCUACUCUCUGCCUAAUGCCAGCCUCUUCAGUCUUGCUGUUUUCAUGUCUUAGGUGUUAUAGAACUUGCUAAUGUUUUUUGCUGAGUAUAACCACUUAAUAAAAUGCCUUUAAUAGAAAAAAACCCCAUAUAUAUAUAUAUAUAUAUGAAAAUAUAUAUAUGUAAAGUUUCAAGCAAACUGUCUUUUGGUAAGCAAGUACCUUGCCCUGUGUUAUGGACCUUAGCUUAAGAAGUUGCUUGAGGAUUUUUUUUUUUUAUAGCGUAAACAUGCCUUUGCUCAUCUUCUGAUUAUGAUCUACAUGGAAGAGAUGUUAAUCCAGGUUAAUGUUUCGGUAUGAAGACCAACUUUUUGGUCCAGUAAAACUACAAAGUGUCUCCCAUAAUGGACAAUCAAUUUCAUGAAUUCUAAUGCCUGGCUGCCUCCUUGGUGGGACUGGCUAGUCAUGCAGGGUCAGAUCCAGGAGGACACAUGCGUCUGUCUUGUAGCAGCUGGUUUAUUUAUUGCCUUGAGCUUAGAAUUAUGUCUUGAAAAACUUAUUUUGGAGUGACACCUUUUUUUGUUACUUUCCUUAACUUAUUUUUCUGUUAUUUGAAUUUUCUCCCAGAAAUUUGUUAGAAGCCUUUUAUUUGAAAGAGAGGCUUCUUGAGAAGCUUUGGGAGGCUGUUCUUAUUUAACUUUUUUCUAAAGGACUGAUUUGAUGCUAUUCUCUGCCAAAGUUUAGGUUGGGUUUUUUUUUGUUUUGUUUUUUUUUUCCUGUUAGCUUUUACUAGAACCUGAAAGGAAACAGUGAGAGAUUGUAAGAAGUUAAAAUGGCCUUCAGUAUACCGCUUGUGUAUUUUCUACUUCUCCACUUCUGUGUUCCCCUUUCCACCCUAAUCCCAGAAGGUCCAGCAUGAAAGUUCUGAUGCAAGUCAUGAGCGUACUGUAACUGAGUAGUGGAAAGGAUUUCCCACAAGGUUACAGUGUAGUGGGGAGAGCCAUCAAAGGAUCUCUGUGCGAGCACUUAAAGCAGAAGAUGCUUACAACUUUAAAACUUACAGCUUUAUUUUUUUUAUAUAUAUAUUUUUUUAAAUCCUAAGAUAAAGGAGGUGUUGGGAGAUGCUCCCUUUCAGAGAACAGGAUGCAUGGAAGAAGUUGGAGUUGCUAAGCUCUGGCUUUCUUGAGGAAAUCUUUGGAUUUAGCAUGUACAGUGAAGCAAAAUACUCAUCUGUUAAUUUGGUAUUCUGUAUGUUCUGUGCCCUUAAAUGUAAUUGUUUUGAAAAUAAAACUAACCUUGUUAUGUGGUGUUAAAAAGCAGAUGUGUGUGCAAUGGUUUAAAUUUUUUUUUUAAGAAAAUGUUUGUAUAUAAUUAAAUGGUUUAAUGUGCUUUAAUUGGCCUAAGGUAAAGAGUAGUCCUAGAAUGUAAACAUAUAUAAUUAGGAUUUCUGAUUUCACUGUGAGAUCUCUGAACUCUCUUGUUUUGCAAUGUGGUUUGUUUUGUUUACAAAACACUUUCUGUUGUUUCUUUUAUGGUGUUGGUUUAAAGGCAUUUGCUUCUCUUCUAAUAUUCAUGAUAUAGUGACAUCUGGUGACACUUAGCAUUAUCAGUUUCACUGUGUAAAGUCAGACACUUUGAGCAAAAAUGGUAAUGAUAUGACAAUUCUCUGUGUCUAUGAAUACACGUUUUUAAAUGAGGUGGUUAUAAAAAUAGUUGCUGUGCAAAAUGUUAGUAGUCUUCUUCUUCAAGAAGAAAGCAAAUUUUCUAAUAUCACUAGAGCAGUCUCUUCAUUCAUCUUAUUUUUAAAGCACAGUGUCAGAGUGAUGCUGCUUUACCUUUAUCUCUGAUAUAAUGUUUUUUUAGGUAUCUGUGAAGUACUUUUAUUUUUUGUUGCUGUUGUAUUUUUCUGCAGAUUUUAUAUAAAAUACCAGUUAAUGAACUGCCUUUUUGGUGUUGUUUUUUUUGUUUUGUGUUUUUUUUUUGUUUUGUUUUUUUUUUUAACCAACUAAACUAAUUUCAGACCAAAACCAAAUGAUAUCAUAGAGCAUUUGAAACCUGCAUUUUUUCCUUGUCUCUUGUGUUUUGGUUGGUUUGUUUUUGUUUUAAUAAGCCAAAUGGGCAUGUAGAUAAGAUCGCUGUAAUGGAUCCAGGUCUCUUUUGGUAAAGUGUUAUUCAAAGGUCUGUUAAGAUCUUAUAAGACAAUAUACUGAAAAAAAUUACUGUAGUAGGAAUAUAGAUUUAGAAGUGUUACUGAGAUUAAUACAGCUUAAGUAUAUUGUAAGUUGCUACUGUCCUUAAUGACAAGCUUUUUGUCAUAGAAACAAUGUAUGAUAAAUUAAUUUUGGUCUAGUGUAUAGAAUUAUCAUAUUGCUAUAAAUCUUUGAAGUAAAUCUGAUGCAAAAAUUUCAUAGUUAGCAUUGCUGGCCCUGUGUAUACUGUUCUUUGUAUACUGUAUGCAUAUUAUUUUGCCUACUGCAUUAGUCUUCAAACUAAAACUCUUAUUAGAGAGUAUUUGGAUACUUCAGACUGUGUUUCUUGCAGUUUACAUUCCUUUACCAUGGCAUUUUGUCCUGUCUAAAAGUAUUGUAUGGAAAUGUUUAAAACUUCUGUACAAAGUUUCAAUAAAAAUAGAGAAAA